AACAUGGAGAGCGCCGAUUCAGAAGUUCCAAAAACUCCAACAUGUGAUUCAAACACGGCAACACAAACAGAUAACAAGCUUACUAAUAGCGAUAAAGAAUUAGACGCAUUGUUGGACAGCGCCCUUGAGGGUUUUGACCAACCCAUACCAACAGAGCCCACAGGUGAAACGACUUCUGCUUCCCCGGGAGAAGCACAAGCUGAAGGCUCAAAUGCAGAGGCAACAUUUGAUACAGGAGCCCUAUUUAAGGAGCUGUUUGAAGCAGAAAGUGCCACGCAAGCAUCUGAACAGUUUGAGAAAGCAAUGCAAUACCUAAUGGUAGAUGAACCAGAGUUAGGGGAACAGUUUCAGAAAUUGACUAAAUCUGCACAGAAAGCAGGGUCAUCACCAGAGGCAAACAAAGAAUUUGCAGAAUCCUUGUCUGGCACACUAAAUAGUCUGGCCCAGGAUGCCAAGUCAUUACAGACAGAGUUUUCAGAAACAGAUAUACUGGAUGCAAUGAACAAUUUGGGAGUCGGGGGAAGUGAAGGUGGUGCUAGUGACCCAUUUAUGCCAAUGAUGCAAGGUCUAAUGCGAAACUUACUAUCAAAAGAUGUUUUGUAUCCAUCACUCAAAGAAAUAUCUUCCAAGUACCCUGCAUGGCUCGAAGCGAAAAAGGGUGUCAUAGAUCAAGCGGAGCAUGACAAAUACAGCAAGCAGUGUGAGCUGAUGGUGACAAUAUGUACAGACUACGAGGCAGAGACUCCAGGGGACAGCGAUCAGGUCAAACAGGAGAGAUUUGAGCGAGUCAUGACCAUCAUGCAGGAGAUGCAGGAGUUGGGUCACCCACCCACUGAUAUCACUGGUGAAACAGGGGGAAUACCUGGCAUGGCAGAGCCUGCACUGGGUGGUUUGCAGUUUGAUGAACACGGGAUGCCGAAACUUCCGCCAGGGAUGGAAGAACAAUGCAGUGUGAUGUAAGAACAGUACAGCAUUUAGCAGUGAAUGAUUUGCAUAUAUUUUCACAGUUUUCACCUAGAUAAAGAAUAAUUAUUAAGUGUGAACAUUGCUUUGCACAAUUGUAAUGAAGAGAAUUAUAGCAUUUUACAUGUAUUUUUUGCUACCUUUGUACAGAAAUGGAUAAUAAGCUAGCAAAAUCUGGGUCAGAUUAUUUUAUCUAGGACUAGGAUUAAUUCCUUAAUUUAUAAAAAUCGUUAAUUAUAAAACCAAGCAGAAAUAUCUGCAGCAUGCAAGGACUACUAAUGCACAACUACUAACACAAAAAUUCGUCCAAUUCGUUUGAUCCGAAAGAUGAUGUAAUAAUGUGUCAUUAAAUACAUAAAAUGAAACCCACUUCACAGGCCACAUAUGUGCGUUGAAUGUGUUUUCUGUUAUUGCAUCCAAAAUAUGUGCUUAUGAAGAACUCUGCUGCUCGCACACUGCUAGAAUUAACUCACGGCCACAUACUGUUAAUGCACUUUAAUUUUUAUGUGCAAUGCUACAACAUUCGGUGGUGUUGCUGUAACAGUAUCAGAGCAAUAUCUGGAAAGCCACUAAUACGUUUUGGCUUGUCUAGCUCGGAGUAGCUCCAGUAUUCCCCCACACAGCUUUGUUUGGUGAUGUCGCUUACUAUGCAUGCAGACUAAAAAAUAAUCACUGUUCUGACAUACAUUUUGGUUGUAUCAUUUUAUAAUGGGAUAACUUGUUUAGAUUGCCUGCUUCAUCUUUUGCAUCGUUCUUGUAUAGAAAGGAGAUUGUUGUUCAUAUCUCGUUUUUCUCUGUGUGUGUUUGUACAGGUAACAAGUAAUGUCACGACAUGUGUUUUUGUAUGUAAGGAGAUAAUAGCGUGCAAAAUUAUUUCUGCUGUGAACGUAUAUUGAAAUAUCCAUUAUUAGUUCAAUAUCCAUAUUCACGUUUUACAUUGGAAGGUUCACAACUUCACGUUCACAUUUCAUGGUUCACGUUUAUGCCAUGUCUAUCACCAUAACUGUGUAUUUGCUAGUGACCUAUAUGUAGGUUUACAAGUGUGUGCUUGUUAUGCAGUAUGCAUAUAUGUGAGAACACACGCAUCAUCACUCUAGUUAUCAACUCGAUUCUAUCACCUAUUCCUAGGAUCUUAUUCAUGUUGUGAAUGUUAGAUGGUCAAAUAGAAAUUUGGGUUUUCUCAUUAGGUUGAUGUUGUAAACUAUAGCCAUGUAAACUAGAAAUUGGUGAUUUUUAAUGAGUGCCAUCAUGAUGACAGAUUUGCAGCUAUAGAUUCACAAUUAACUGGUUUGGCCAUAUUAGCAGUGAUAAAGUAGUAACCUAGGAAUAUACAUGUAAGAACAUUGUGAUUUGAAAAAAAAAAGUAUUACAAAACUUAUAAUUAUAAUAAGUUAUAUGCUUUGUCAUUUUAUUGUUAACAUUUCUUUAAUUGUUGUAAUGAACUAGUCGGAACCAAAUAAAAUGUCAAAGUUUACUUUGCA